AUGGACGACAACAUCCAGUUCAAGAUCAAUAAUCCAGACAUUGCGGUCACCAGUCUGCGCAUACUCGGCGCGCAGCAGUUCCUGACCGCCACCGAGUCAACGCAGAUUGAGGUGAGCACCAGCAACGGUAACUACAUCAUCCACCGCACAUUUACCGAACUCAAGGACAGGCAUGCAGUGCUCAAGGAGUGUUUCCCCAAGGCCAAGUUUUCCAAGUUCCCCGUGCAGCUGUUCUCUCACCUGGUCAAGGGUUCCAAACUGAUUAACGAUUGCCUCGCCUCAUACGUCAAGCACGCCGCUAAGGCCGCGCCGUUCCGUGACUUCAUCACACCCAGGCCCUUCCAGUUUCAUCUGCUCCACGUGAGCGUGCUCCAGGGCCGCAACCUCGCUGCCCGGGAUAACAACGGCAAGAGCGAUCCCUUUGUCCGCGUGUCUAUCGUGGAUGAAGAAGACAAAGUCACCGGCAAGAGCGUCAAGACUGAGACCAUCAAGGGCACCCUCAAUCCUGUAUGGAAAGACGAAGAUUUCACCUUCGACUUGUCCGAUCAAGUGGGUGCGGUCACCUUCUCGCUCUGGGACUGGGAUCGGGCGUCACGCAACGAUUUCCUGGGCCGUGUCACCCUGAAGAAGGACGACAUCCCCUUCAACAAGGAGGUGCUGCGUUGGUUCCCGCUGUACCGCACCAAGGCCAGGCAGGGCGACGUCGUCCACGGCGAGCUCCUCCUCCGCAUCCACCACGUCACGUCCAAGACCGGCGGUAUCAACCUGGAGCCGAAGCGUAGCGAGGAGGAGGACAUUGAGGCCAUCCAGCAAUGCAAGGCCGAACGCCUCAGCAGGCAGGAGAAGAAGGAGAAGGAGCGCCCCGCGGGCAAGCUCCAUCUCUCCAUUCUCUACAAUCCGCCGCUGGGCAACUGGGACGGCUACCUCACAGUCAACGUCAUCGAGGCGAGCAAAUUGCCAGCCAAGGAUCGCAGGGGCACUUCCGAUCCGUACGUCGUGCUGUCGCUCGCGGGCAAGAGGUACCGUACCAAGACCGUCAAGAGGACCACCACGCCCGCUUGGAAGGAGACGUUCUACUUCUACGUACCGCACGACCAACUGAGCGGGCUUCGCUUCGAGAUGGACGCCUACGACUGGGAUGCUGUCAGUGCUCGCGAUCUCAUCGGCGACGCCGUGCUGCUGGUGGAGGAGAUGGAACCGGGCCUGGUCAGGGACAUGUGGGUCAACCUGGUCGGUCCGGCCCCCACCCAGAAGGGCCUCCAGAAGAAGCUGGGCAAGAACAUGGCCGAGGAAGGCUGGGCACCCAAGCUGCCCAUUGUCAUCGUGCCGGUCAUCGAGGGCUACGAGAAGUGGAAGGGCGAGCGCGUGUGGCUAUCUAUCUCCAAGAUCGGAGGGCAGGCUCUGUCGAUCAGGCGCCAGGUCCAGCAGCUGAAGGCAGCGAGAAAGCUGGCCACUGUGGGCAGAUCCGGCGGUAUGGGCGCAUCGAGCGCGGGGGAGAACACCAACCCUCAGCUCACCGCCGAGGACAUCGCCUUCAAGAACCGCUGGAUUGCCCACAUCAGCUUGGGACCCGACGGUUACUCGGAUCCCGACACCAUCAAGGUGCGCCCCGUGAAGGGCAUGGACGCCGUGACCUACCUCGACCCGGGCGCUCUCACCUCGCCCCUUUCCUACGUGCUCGGGCCGCUGAUCAACAACUUGCAGCAGCUGGGCUAUGCCUAUGGCAAGAACCUUCUCGCCGCCGGUUACGAUUGGCGCCUGCCGCCGCACCAGCUGGAGAUUAGGGACCGGUACUUCACCAACCUGAAGCAGAGCAUCCAGGACAUGUCGAAGGACUACGGCCCGGUCGUGCUUGUGGGCCACAGCAUGGGCAACCGCGUGAUCCAGUACUUCCUCAACUGGGUCAUGCAGAACGACCGCUACGGCCGCAAGUGGAUCGACGACAACGUGCACACGUUCAUGGCGGUGGGCGCGCCGUGGCUGGGCGCGUCGAAGGCCAUUCGUGGCCUGGUGACGGGCGAGAAGUUUGGCAUGGACGCCUUCCUCAACGACAACGAGGCCAUCACCUUCUCGCACCGCAUUGCGUCGACCGCAUUCCUGCUUCCCGUGGGUCUGGAGGACAAGCACCACCACCUGCCCGCCGAUUUCGGGUCCUUCACUUUCCUGCAUGACGAUCGUGCCGACGAGGCCAGACCCGUGCCCUACCGCGACUUCCUGGUCAAGGAGGCCGACGCUGUGCGUCCGAUGACGAUGUGCGAGGAAUACCUGAUGAAGAAUCCGCUCUUCGGCGGCUCUGUCGGCGACGAGUACAUCCUCAAGGCCCCGCCCGUCAGGAGGCUCUACGCCAUUUACGGAAUCAAUCUGGACACGGAGAUCGGGUACGUGUUCAAGAGGGAGAAGUCCGGCAGCCUCGCCCUGGACGACAACUCGCCCCCGAGCAAGAAUGGCCUCCAAAACGACGGCUUCGUCUUCAAGAAGGGCAUCGUGUACGAAACCAGCAAGAGCAAGCAGGGCAUCGUCCGCGAGAUGACCGGCGUCGACGGAUUCACCUGCGGCGACGGCACCGUGUCCUACUCUUCGCUGAACCAUUGCGCGCGCUGGAGGAACGACAUCCCGCAGCUCACGAUCGAGGAGCUCGACGGGGCCGAGCACCGCGAGGUCCUCGCCAACAGGCUCUUCUUCAAGAAGAUGAUCGAGUACGUGGCCGAGAAGGUCGCCGUUGCCAACAUGGCCGACCUCGGCGCGCUGGCGCACAGGCUGGGCAUCAAGGCUGAGUCCCUCCUGCCCGACAUCUCCGACGACUCCGAGUGCGCCGUGGAGAACGCCUGA